GCCAUUUCGCCAUACUUUCCGAAUACGACUUUCCGGUACCUCAAGUCUCCUAAGCCGAUGGGGCCGCCUUUACAAUAGGAGUCCAGUCCAGAUACAUGAACACCAGAGGGGGGGUCACAAGCGCAUAUAGGCACGUACACCAUCGACGACACGGUCACGGGGGAAGUGUCUACUGCGAUGGACAACUCGCAAGCGCUGUCCUCCCGCACAAGCACCACGAUGACCCUAGGUCGACCUCGCAAGUUGGGCAUCGCUCGUCCCUACCACAUGCUUGCGCAGGUCUUCCAGAUUAUCUGGCUUGCCGUCAUCUGCUACAACGAAUAUGGCACAUUCCGCAACCACGUCUCCCACUGCCCAUGGCCGGACCACUCACUGCUACUAUCUACCGGUACUUCAUCUGAAGACAGCCCGCGGCCGACUCAUGUCCUCGUCCUCGCAGACCCCCAAGUCCUCGAUGCUAAUUCGUACCCGGGGCGCCAUCCCUUGCUUGUAUGGAUCACACGGAAGACCGUAGAUAUGAACCUUCGAAAGAGCUGGCGUGCUGCGUUGAACCUCAAACCUGACGCGGUGGUGUUCUUGGGAGACAUGAUGGACAACGGACGCGCUGCAAUGUCCGAUGAAGAAUACGAAGACUAUUAUCAGCACUUUCGCCGGAUCUUUAGGCCAGCAUCCGAGGACCCGUUACUCACGUUCUACAUCCCCGGUAAUCAUGACAUAGGCCUUGGCCGUUCAGCCCGGUUCUCUGAAGAGGCCUUGGAGCGCUACACCUCUCACUUCGGUCCGCUCAAUCAGCUCGUCGAUAUAGGCGGUCACACGUUAGUGAUGAUAAAUGCUCCUGGGCUCGUACAAGAGGAGACUCUGCGUGCCGACGACGGCCUUGAGCGCGAUCAAUGGGCGUUGGCACAUCCGACUGGAACGAUUGCCUUUGUGGAGUUGCUGAGGUCUCGUCGUCUGCACAAUCCGGCUGUGCUCUUCACGCAUAUACCUUUAUCUCGACCAGAGGGUGCAUCCUGCGGUCCUCUGCGAGAGCGCGGUACGAUCCGCGAAGGCCGCGGAUUCGGGUACGAGAAUACGCUCGCACCGCAUACGUCCCAAUUCCUUUUGCAAACCAUCCGACCAGCUCUAGUUUUCAGCGGGGACGACCACGACUACUGCGAAUAUGCGCACCCUUACCCAACUUCCCCGUCUCACGACCCCAUGCUCUCCGACUCGCCCCCCGGAAAUGUCAUCGAAGUCACCGUCAAGUCCUUCUCCAUCGUUAUGGGGAUCCGCCAGCCAGGCUUUCAGCUCCUCUCCCUCUCGCCCCUCUCCGCCUUCUCCCCGCCAUUACCGACGCUCGCCACCACGCCCUGCGCGCUCCCCGCGACACUGAGAACGUAUCUCUUCCUCUACGCCCCGCUCGCAGCGUUCACGCUCCUCGCGCUCCUCUUCGCGAGCGCGCACCGCAUACGCACGCGCCGACGGUGGGAGGCAUGGGCGCCGCUUCCGCGGUGGUGCGAGCGCCUGGCGGUAGCGCGGGGGUGGUCCUCUAACGUGUCGCUGUGCGGGCGUCGUGUACGCGUGGUGUGGCCGAUCCCAAAUGUGCUGUCGCAAGGGGAAGAAGGCAAGAUCAGCACGGGAAGGACGCGGGCGGUAGGCUUCUGGGAGGGCUGGGCGAGGGACGUGGCGAGGGUCGCGUGGCUGCCGACGUUGGUAUUCGGUGGGAUUGCGUGGUGGACGGCAUGAUAUAUAGGUGCGAAAGGGUGGCUAUCGAGCGUGCUGCGGUUGCCACUAAAAUGUGUGUGUGUGCUUCUAGUGCUUUCUGUUCUUGUAUUAUGUAUAACGCGCGGACUUGGAUGUAUGAUUUUUUGAAUGUGUUGUAUGGGUCUGGUUGAAUGGCCGUCGAAUAGGUUUGAAACUUAACACUUUCGGGAUCAUGCAUGGUGAAAUUGACUUAUCUUGUUAACAUGGCCAUUCCAAUAUUUACC